AUGUUACAAAAGGGCACAUUGAGAUGUGCUUCAUCACUCUUUGGCAAAGUUGCACAGCCAAUGACAGCAACCAGAUCUUUCAUUACAGAUUUCAACAACGCCAACAUCAACAACAACCUAUAUAACAAAUUCAAUAAACAAACAACUUUUAAAUCAAUAUCUUCUCAACCAAGUAAUAUACAUUCAUCAUCAUCAUCGAAUAAUUCACCAUUGUUUUGUAAUACAAAUGAUAUUUUCAAUUUGUUUCCAUUAAAUUAUAAACCAUUAGAGUUUUAUCAAAAGAAACAACAAGAAGAACAAAUUAAAGUUAACAGAUAUGAUAUAAAUAGUAUUGUAUUCAACGACGAAAUGAUGAUUGAUAACGGAGUUAAGGAGGAACAAGUACAUGAAUCAAUUGAAAUGUCUAGUAUUAUCAAAAAGAGAAAGUUAAAGAUGACCAAACACAAACAAAGAAAGCUUAGAAAGAGAAUGAGAUCAUUAAAGAAGAGACUUGGAAAGAUUUAA